AUGAAAUUUGAGAUCUUUGAGCAGACCACAAAUCAGACGCAAACAGAAUCUUUGCCUUCAUCUCCCAACACUGUGUCACCGGUGGCAUUAAAUAAUCUGAGCAGUGCUCCAGGAUUUGGAACAGUUACUCCAAAUCGCAUCUUUGUAGGAGGAAUUGAUUUUAAGACUAAUGAAAGUGAUCUGAGGAAGUUUUUUGCUCAGUAUGGCACUGUGAAAGAAGUGAAGAUAGUAAAUGACAGAGCUGGAGUAUCAAAGGGGUAUGGCUUCAUUACUUUUGAAACCCAAGAAGAUGCACAGAAGAUUUUACAAGAGACUAAAAAACUUAAUUAUAAGGAUACAAAAUUGAAUAUUGGUCCAGCAAUAAGGAAACAACAAAUACGGAGUUCCCGUUUUGCUGUAAUACCAGAAGCUGGAACAAUGUACUUAACUACUUCAAGUGGAUAUCCUUAUAUUUACCAUAAUGGAAUGGCUUAUUUUCAUACAUCUGAAGUUGCUUCUGUUCCACAGCCAUGGCAAUCAUGCUCUGUUUCCAGUUCACCUAUGACAGUAGUCCAACCAGUUUAUCAGUCUCCUACGUACCAUUAUCAGGUAGUUGUAGGCAGCAGUAAUUAUCCCCUCCUACCUUUAGCCUUCUCAAGGCUGAACAAACCCAGUUCUCUCAGCAUCAUGAUAUGUGCACCAACACAGUGUCUUCCAAGUCAGUGGUCUGUUCCACAGUCUCCUGCCUCUUCACCUUCAUUCUUGUAUCUGCAACCAUCUGAAGUAAUUUAUCAGCCAGUAGGGGUUGCCCAGGAAAGUGGAUGUAUACCACCUCCUGUCCUAGUGGAAGCUGCAGUUCCUGAGCUGUAUUCUGAUCAUGGAGUUCAAGCACCACAUCACCAGCCUUAUGCCCAGAGUGCUGUAGCCAUGCCUGCACCUGUGAAAAAAACUGAACCAUGUUCAGAAUUGAGGUCACAUUCUGUGAGAAGAAACUUUUAACACCAUUCGUCUGUGAGUCCGAAACCUCAAUAUACAUGA